AUGGCGUUGAGAUCGGGCGGCCGGAAUCUCUCCUACGAGAUUCUCAGCAGAAACAGCUCCGUCCAGGAAGAAGAAGAAGCCGGACUCUUCUACCGAUCCAACUCAGAUCCAAUCCGAUCGCACGGCGCCGCCGAUCAAACACCCGCAACGCCGCGAAGAAAGCGCAGGAAGAAGAAGAAGAGGACCGCCGCCGUCGCCAACUGCUCCAUCCCGGAGAGCCCCACCGCCGUCGCGGACGACGACGACGGCGCCGUGGUUAACGGAUUGGAAUUCAAUUUCAGCCAGACGGUGCUGUGCUCCGUCGCGACGGAGGUCGUCACCGACCAGAACAGUUUUGGCGCCGCGGAAUUGAGGCAGAGGACUGUCAAUGCCGGCGCCGGAGGAGCGGUUGUUGACGAAACGACGCCGUCUGGUGGUGGUAGUUUGGAAGGUGAGGCCAAUGCCAAAGAGGACAGCGCCGUGGAGGCGGCGGCGGCUAAGCCGAACGGCAAUUUGGUUCCGAAAUUGCAGACGACGGAGUCGUUGGAUUGGCAGCGAGUCAUGACCGAAGAUCCGAACUAUAUAUUUUCAGUGGACAAGUCUCCACUGAGGUACUUCAUGGAAGAAAUGUCUAAUGGGAAUUCGCUGCGGAGCACAACAACUCUUGGCAAUGAGAAAGAAAGAGAGAGGGUUUACGAUACCAUCUUUCGCUUACCUUGGAGAUGUGAAUUGCUGAUUGAUGUUGGCUUUUUCGUGUGUCUUGAUUCGUUUCUCUCGUUGUUGACUAUCAUGCCGACAAGAAUUUUGAUGACCCUUUGGAGACUUGUGCGUACAAGGAGGCAGUUUAAGAGGCCAUCUGCAGCAGAGCUGUCUGAUUUUGGGUGUUUUACGAUAAUGGCUUGUGGUGUCAUUCUUUUGGAGCGAACAGAUAUCAGCUUAAUAUAUCACAUGAUUCGUGGUCAAGGAACAAUCAAACUGUAUGUUGUGUACAAUGUGUUGGAGAUAUUUGACAAACUAUGUCAGAGUUUCAAUGGAGAUGUAUUGCAAACACUAUUUAACUCAGCAGACGGACUUGCUAGUUGUCCAACAGAAAACAUUGGAUUCUGGAUUUGGAGAUUUACUUGUGACCAGGCUUUAGCUGUGACUGCCUCAAUUAUUCAUUCAUUUAUCCUCUUAGCUCAGGCAAUUACUUUGUCAACCUGCAUUGUUGCUCACAAUAAUGCCUUGUUUGCUUUGCUGGUGUCCAAUAACUUUGCUGAGAUAAAAAGCAAUGUAUUUAAGCGAUACAGUAAGGAAAACAUUCAUAGUCUCGUAUACUUUGAUUCAAUAGAGAGAUUCCACAUUUCUGCUUUUAUCAUAUUCAUCCUAGCUCAAAAUAUUCUGGAGGCUGAGGGUCCCUGGUUUGAGAAUUUUCUUUUUAACGCUGGGUUGGUAUUUGUCUGUGAAAUGAUUAUUGAUAUCGUAAAGCACUCGUUCAUUGCUAAGUUCAAUGACAUAAAGCCCAUUGCAUACUCUGAGUUUCUUGAAGACCUAUGCAAGCAGACUUUAAAUAUACAACCAGAGGCUGCAAAGAAGAAUCUCACAUUUAUUCCUCUAGCACCUGCCUGCGUGGUCAUCCGAGUGCUUACUCCAGUAUAUGCUGCACACCUUCCGCACAGUCCCUUACCAUGGAAACUCUUUUGGAUUCUUGUCCUCUUUGCAAUGACCUAUGUUAUGCUGACAAGCCUCAAGGUGUUGAUAGGCAUGGGACUCCAGAAACAUGCCAGUUGGUACAUCAAUAGAUGCAAAAGGCGGAAACAUCAUCUACAUUAUGAUUAGUUCAAAUAAGGAAAGCACAUUUCUUUUCCACAUAUCAGGUUCAGCUUCACUCGGGCCGAAGCGUUCUGCUCAAGAAACCUCAACUAACCAAGUUGGAAAUCGAGGUGCCGAAAUUAUGAGUUAGAGCAACAAAGGGGUGCAUUGCAUAUAUAGUGUUUAGGACAGCAUAAGCUAGAGAAACCCAUUAUCUGGUAUCCUCAUUUUGGCUAGAACAUGAUGUGGUGUUAUAGUACAAAUCUAGUUAUCCAAUUUUGACACACAAAGGGUUACCUGAUAAUUCAGAACACCAAUGUGAAUAACAAAUAUAGUUUCAUUAAGAUUUCAUUUA